AUGACGAAUCCUGCGGACCGGGUAGGCCUACAACUGAGGUGUCAUCAUUUCUGACGUCAUAAUUGUUAUUAGGUAAAAUUACAUUGGUUGCGUAUUUUUCAUGACUUUCUUUCACUUGUCAUUUAAGCACCACGGAACUGUCCCAGAGCAUCAUCAAACGGAUGCUCGACAAAUUUGCCUGACACAUCCAUCCCAGGCAGAGUUGGAGAAGAGAUCUGUGCAUUUGUCUCCAGACAUCACGCCCAAUAACCAAAAUAUUCAGAUUUCUGGAAACGUUUUAUCACGAGCGAAAACAGCCAUGGCAGCCGUGGGUGAGUUGCCUCAGAUUACCAGGCAUUAG